AUGCGCUCUUCUGCGAGUGCCAUGAACACCUUGUGUACCUCUGCCCUCAAAUCGAGGCCACUUUUGAGCGCCGUGGCAUGCGCGCUUGUCAUACAGCUUUCAAGUCUUCCCAAAACCGCAGCUUUCGAAGUCUGCAGCGACGGCCAAAUCGCCAACGCGUGCGACCAUAGUGGGCCGACAUUCAGCAGCGACGGCUUCGACAAGAUACCCAUCAUCAUAGGUGUGGUAGUCGGUGUUUUCUUCCUCCUCUUCAUUGCCGCGGGCACCUUCGCUUUCUAUCGCUGGCGCCGCAUCCGUAGGUUCCAAGAAGAGUACAGACGGCGUGCGCAGGAAGGCCUACGCGCCGAGAACGCUGCCUACGGUCCACCGUACGCUGGAGGACCCGCAUUCACGGGAGGAACGGCAGGCCAAAUACAUAUGAUGUCGGGCCAACCUGCCUUGAUCACGACCCAUCAUGCCGCAAUGAGUCUGCACACGAUGGGGAGCCCACCUACACCUAUGAUGAGCCCACCCACCACGACGCGCUCAUGGUUCGGGACCUCCGCGUACGAACCAGUUGGGCAACCGGCGGACGCGUAUCAUCCUCACGUUGGCGGGUUCGGUGGCAUGGACUCCUUCCACCAUGGCGGGAUGCAGUUGCAUGAUUACUCGACUGGUGGGGGGAUGGGACAUAGCUCCGGUGGGAUGGGGAUGAGCUCGUCGAGUGGGAUAUGA